CACUUGUUCAGAAUUGCUGGGCUAUGUAUGUGUGUCCUUGUAUGGGCCCUGGCUGGACAAGCAGCAGAAGACUUUGCAGAGACCAGCACUGGACAUGAGACACUUAUUGAGCCUUCAUCGGGUGGCCACCCAGGCCUUCAGCACUACGGCCAGACAGCUGCGGAACAAGGUUCCAGACAAGCAGAUGAUUUUCCAGGCAGACAAUGGCCUGCCGGUCCAUAUCAAAGGUGGAACCACUGAUGUCCUACUCUACCGUUUAACUAUGACCAUCACUAUUGUUGGUACUGGAAUUUCGUGUUACUGCCUCCUGGUGGCCUCUAUGCCCAGGGGCAAAGCCGAAUAAGGAGAUAACUGGUACAAAUUCAGUUGAAUUCAUUUUCAUGUUGUAUGAAUACAAUUCUGCUUAAAAGAAAAAUGUAUAGGUUGUAUAAAAUAAACAUUGUUACUGUGACUCUUUCUUAAA